UAUUGUUUUAAAAAUCAUUAAAUAAAAAGGGAUCAGGGAUGAGAUUUUCCUCCAUUUAGAGCUGGGAGAGAUGCGAAGCCUUAAAACUUGUUCUGCUGUGUUUUUACAUUUAGACAGACAUAAAGAAAAAUAAAGGAAUCCUGAUUCCAUCGCAGUGCUUGCAUCAUAACAGCAGUUGCACAACAAUCAUUCCAGGAACAGAGAAACAAUUCCUCCUAAAGGACACUACAAGCCUGUUAAGAGACUAUAUAAAGAAGAGGAGCUCCACAAUAUAGGUAUCAACUGGUGAAGGAGCAACAUUUCUACUGUGGUACAGUGGCACACUAGGAACCAGGAUGGCUCAACUGUCAAUAUGGAUUGGCAUUGCUACACUGAUAUUUCUUCAAAAUGUUUCUGCCUUUAACUUGGUCUGCUACUUCACCAGCUGGUCUCAGUACAGGGAAGCCCCAGCACGCUUUGUCACUGAUGACAUUGAUCCAAAUGUUUGCACCCACCUCAUUUAUGCUUUUGCUAAUAUAUCGGGCAAUCAAAUCACCAAAUACGAAUGGAAUGAUGAUAAUACCUAUAAUAACCUCAGGGGACUUAAAACUAGGAAUCCCAGACUGAAAAUUCUUCUGUCUGUUGGUGGAGCUAAUUUAGGCUCUAGACCCUUCCAGAAUAUAAAUACCUCUCCUGCCACACGCUCCGAAUUUGUAGCAUCCGUGAUUCGCUUUCUUCGGACCAAUAAUUUUGAUGGUCUUGAUGUCUCUUGGUCCAGGCCAAGCCAGGAUGAUAAAAGGGGUUUAGUUAAGCUGGUUCAGGACCUGAAUGCAGCAUUCCGCUAUGAGGGCCGGAAGAAUGCAAACAGGCAAAAACUCAUAUUGAGUGUGGCAGUAGCAGCUGGAAAAGAAGCUAUUGAUAGUGGCUUUGAUAUCCCGAAUAUUGCUAAAUUUGCAGAUUUCCUUAAUGUCAUGACUUUUGAUUUUCAUGGUUAUUGGCCGGAUCAUAGUCACCCCUAUACUGGCCAUGGAAGCCCACUUCGGAAGAGCAGAGCUGACAAAGGAGCUGCAGCCUCUUAUAAUGUUGACUAUGCUGUGAGAUAUUUGAAAACCAAAGGUGCCCCUAAUUCGAAAAUCAUCAUGGGAAUUCCAACCUAUGGAAACACUUUCACUCUUUCUUCUGCACAGACUGGGGUUGCAGCUCCCGCCUCUGGCCCUGGGCUAGCUGGCACAUUCACAAAAACAGCAGGAACCCUGGCAUAUUAUGAGAUUUGUAGUUUUAAUCAUGGUGCCACAAUAGAAAAGAUUGAAGAGCAAAGUGUCCCUUAUUCCUACAAAGGGAACCAAUGGGUGGGCUAUGAAGAUGAAACAAGCGUUCAAAUUAAGGUUCAGUAUGCAAAGAACAACAAUUUGGGAGGCAUUAUGGUUUGGACACUUGAUCAAGAUGAUUUUUCAGGUACCUUCUGCAAGAAGGGCAAUUAUCCACUACUUACUGCUAUUAAAAAUGAAAUAAAUAAAUAAGAACAUGUAUUUGCCCCCAAAAAAGCCCCAAUUUUAAAUAGCAAUAGAAUCUUAUAGGUUAAGUCAAUUUUGACUUUCUUUGAGGGACUAAAAACAAAUGCUUACUUCUAAAUACUAUAUAUGCUUAAUGUAGCAUUAUAAAUAACUAGUUAUUAGUUCUGUAUUAUUUCAUGUUUAAUAUUAUUCAUGUCCUAUUAAGUAUUGUGUAUUUCCAUUAUCUUGACCUAUUUCUGCAGGCAGUAUGUGGUAUUUUGACAUUAUGCCUAGGCUUUCAUUAUAUAAAUAAAUAGUUCAUCUUGAUCAUACUGUAUUAAAAUGCUCAUAAGGUUCAUUAAAUGUGCUGUCUCAAAAAAAAGUCAUAAUAUUUUCAAUAAAAGAUUUGCCUCCCUUUAUUUUGGUAUUCCAUAUAGCAGAAACUAUGUUUGUUCUUUUACUGAAUGGAAGAUGGUGAGAUGGAGCGUGUUUUCUUCAAAACACACCUUUUUCCAAAAUAAUUUUAUUUACAGUUGUAAAUAAUCACCUCGACAAUUCAGCUGCCCCUUCUGUGGAAUAUCAACAAAUUACUUCGAUUUGAUUUAAGGACAAGCAUUAUGUAUCACUUUUAUAGAAUGGAUAUAAGCUGGAUGCUGCAACAAAUGCUAUUUUAUCAAACUGGAGAUUUUUUUUUUACAAAUAACUCUUGUACUUAAGUGUUUUAGUAUCAUUGAAAGGAAAUAUCUUCCUUUGAGCACAUUUUUGGCUUCAGCAUAUUAGAGAUUAUCAGUGAGAGAAAAAUGUAUGAUGUUACUGAGAUAAUAAUAUCCCAGUGAAAGAGAAGAAUUGGCUACUAUUUGAGCACAUGGACAAAUUGUUUUCUAAUUAGUUGGUUUGAAAUGAAACUAUAAAUUGCCCAUAAAAUUUGGUGACCUGACUAAACACACAGUGGAUAACUACACUAAGCUUUUUGCCUAAUACAGUGGGAAAUGCACUCAGUCCCAGAAAAUGCACAUACAAUGUAGCCUAUUUCAAAUGAUGACAAAAUGAUCCCUAAAGACUGAUAAUCAACAUAAUUCAAUUCAAUACAUGCAUAAAGCACAAGUAUCAGGAUGAUCAGAAAUAAAUGUGCUAACCCAUUUUCCCACCAGCUUUUUAAAAGCAACAGAUGCAAACUAUUUUUCUGAGGAGGAACUGAAAGUGGAAUAAAAUUAUCCAUGCAAAAUUCCCAGGUGUGGAAAGAUUUUUAAGCACAUCCAGCAGGACAAGAACUCUAUCUUCCAUUGAAGAAGGAAGUUUGGGGUGGGACUAAAGUAGAAUAAAAUAUGGAUUAAAAA